AGACGCAGAAAGUAGAGUCGACACACUGAACUCUCCUCAGGUCUCUGCAGCAGCAGCAACAUGCAGGUUCUGACGGUUCAGAGGGGUUUGCUGGUCGUGCUUCUGCUGCUGGUUUCUGUGGAGCAUUCUGAGUGUGUGCGUUGUUUUGCACGCUUCAAUCUGAUCCUAGGUCAGUGUGAUGAAGACAUCGGUGAAGUGGAUGGAGACGACUGCUGUCAGAACCCUCAUUAUGGUUACCAGGCAACGGAUGGGGUGUGCCGCUCCUGUGGGCCACCUACAUGGUCUCCCUGGUCGCCAUGGUCACAGUGUAACGUCCUUUGCGGGGAGGGAGUGACACAAAGACACAGGAAGUGUUACGGCAUCGGCAAUCCAGAGUGUGAGAACUCUGCUGACAAUGUACAGACUACACCCUGCAAUGGCACCUGCUGCGACGCUGAAGGGUGGGGCUCGUGGCUCCCCUGGUCGCCCUGCUCGGUGACAUGUGGAGAGGGCGGAGUUAGGACGAGAGAGAGGAUCUGUUCGAGCCCUCAUGAGUGUCGCUCUGCCUGCAGGGGUCCAUCAGAGGAGACAGAGGUGUGCCCGACACACACCACCUGUCCAGUUCAUGGAGGAUGGACGGCUUGGUCUGGUUGGACCACUUGUUCUGGGUCGUGUAUCAAUGACCAGAGCAUAAACGUCACCAUCCCUUCAAGAGCGCGAGGGCGAACCUGCACAAACCCCCUCCCCUCUACUGACACGGUUCCACCAGGUAACAGUUGCCGUGGAAACAACUUCCAACUACAGGACUGCAGCGAACUCCCCAACUGUCCAGCGAAUGGGAAUUGGGGGUCAUGGUCUCCAGCUGGACCGUGCUCAGUCUCUUGCGGGGAGGGACUUCGGCUGUCAAUGCGGAGAUGCGAUUCCCCCCCUCCUAAAUACGGUGGACGAUUCUGUGAUGGAUCGAGCACUCGGAGCAGCAGCUGUCAAAGUCCCUGUCCCGUGGACGGGCUCUGGACCGGUUGGUCCACUUGGGGUGAGUGUUCUUCUUCCUGCAUCCCACAAGGCCCCGUCCCCAUCAGAACUCGCCAACGCACCUGUUCCAACCCCGCCCCUUCAUCAAGCCCGCCCGGCAGGAGUUGCCAGGGUGAAGACAGCCAGACGGCGAACUGCGACCGCCUGCCUCACUGCCCAGUGGAUGGAGGCUGGGGGUCUUGGUCUCCCUUCACUUCCUGUCCUGUUACCUGCGGUGUGGGGCUUCAGGUGUCGGUCAGGGGGUGUGAGAACCCUCCCCACCAACACGGUGGACAGCCAUGUCCUGGAGAGGGACGUCGCACCAGAACCUGCAAGACCGAUGUCCACUGUCCAGUGGAUGGGGUGUGGUCACAGUGGUCGCCAUGGAAACCGUGUAUAUACCCAUUCAGAAAGAAGAGCAUCAACUGUCAGAAGGUGGGUGGCAGUCAGAUCCGAGAGCGUCAAUGUCUUCAUCAAACUCACAACGGGUCCAUCUGCAGUGGAACGGAUCUGACCGAAAGGCGGGUCUGUUACGAUGUCGAGAAAUGUCGAGUUCAGGGAAUCUGGGAUAGCUGGGAGACGUGGAGUUUUUGUAAACCUUCCUGCGGACAGAAAUCCAAACGCUUCAGGAGAAGAGUCUGUACACCGGAUUACAGCGAGUACAGACCUACUAUUGGUCGUCAGGGGGAGCCAGCAACGUUCUUCGGGACUCCAGACUGUGGCGUGGUACCUGACGGCAAGAAGAUUGAAAUUCAGCCCUGUGUCAAUGCUCCUGCCUGCCCCUGAAAACCGAUGACUUCAACAACACCAAACACUGUCCCGAUGAGUUUCACAUCGUCCAAACUUCGUUCUUCAUUCAUGUUUUUCCGACUUAAUAAACAUCACCAAGGUAACAGGUUCGCUAAACACCCAAUACAUCUGUCAAACUGCUGAGUUUGACGUCACAUCCUCACUGCAAAUCAACAUGCCCAACGACGCAUUCAUCAACUCAGCAACACCAUCUCACUGAUCCCCGAUGACUGGAACAACAGCGACACAAUGCACUCACAGUCGGCUCGGUCAAAAACACAACACACUCGCCGAUGAAUUAACCAACACAACACACUAAUUGAUCAUUUUGCCAAAAAAUACAAAACGCUCCACGACGAUUUUUAACGUCAUCAUAACCCUCUCAACGACGAGUUUUAAAACAUUGUUCACCAGUACGGUUUCUUUCUUUAACAUUUGUUUUUUGUUUUUAUGCCUUUAACGGAGAGUCAGAAAUCUGGGGGAGGGGGAGAAAGUGGGGAACGACAUGGGUGAAAGGAGACACAGGUUGGAUUCAAACUAUUCUUCAUUUUCCCCCAAAUGUUAUUUUUUGAAGUGUCCCGCCCAGCAGAGGAUAAGCAGUCUCUGUCAUACACAGGGACAUGUAAGACUUCUCUAGCAUAUUUAGUCAGUGCGUACUAGCCAAUUAGAGACAGAGUAGGGAGGGUCAUCCCUUCACCAUCCUGAGAUAAACUAUUGCAGCAUAAUUCUGAAUAUUGUCGGUCAAUAGUGUGAAUCAAAGGGGAUUUGAAAGUGGGUACACCCUAAGGAGACUGAAGGGAAUACUCCAUAAACCUGUUUAUACCCUGCACUCAACCCCUGACUAAUAUAUCACCACUGAGUUUGACAAAAACAACAACACAACACUAAGACAACAUCCUCAAAGAUGGUUUUUCACAGCCCCAACACAACAUGAUCACCGAUGAGUUACCACGGCGACGCCACAGGCAGGGCUCCAAAUGAGGUCAACACUUUGUAUUUUAAAUGUUUAAGACAAACGUGUUCAAGUUUACUUACUCUUGAUGCAUACUCAUAAUUGAUUUGUGCAAUCUCACUCUGAUCCAUAACAAAAGUGUAUAAGAAAAUAAAUCGAUGGCGAGAAUGAUCCAAAACCUUAAUGAAGAACAUCUGUCUCACUAUUUUUCUAAGCAGUUUGUCAAAUCUGAAUGUACUGUACAAAUGAUGGAUGAUAUUAAAAAUACAAUAAAGAGUAAAAGGAUGCGUUAUUACUUCA